GCUUGGAUUAAAGAGAUCGCGUCCCGUGGGUGAAGGAUUGUCGCUGGACGCUUCGUCUACUGUAUUUUAGAAGUCGGCCUGAUAAGCGUGCGGCGGCCCAAACGCCCAUUUAGAGGGACUGAAAAGAGCAGGAAACAAAAUUGGACGUAGCAUCGGCAGUGGCACGAUUCGGUCGACAUGUCCCAUCUCGAGCUACCUCAAACAUCGCUGUGGGCGAACCGCAAGUGCCUGCUCAUCUGCUGCAUCGUGUCGAUCUCAAACUUGCAGUAUGGCCUCGACUCAGCUGCAGUGGGCGGACUGCAAGCCAUGCCCGGCUUCUUGAAGGUCUUCGGUUACCCUAAUCCCAAAGCCGCUGGGGGAUAUUCGAUCGACUCGACAUUCCAACAGCUCAUCGCAUCUUUGCUCACCCUCGGAUCGUUUGUCUCCGCUCUCACAGCUGGAACCUUCUCCCACUUCUUCGGUCGUAAAGUGGCGCUAUGGAUGGCCUGUAUCCUCAACGCUAUCGCUUGCGUACUACAGAUGACAAGCACGACUCAGGUGUCCAUCUAUAUGGGGCGUCUUAUCCUCGGCUUCGCGAACGGCUUCCUCGUCACCUUCUCCAAUAUCUACACCUCGGAAGCGAGUCCGGCUCAUCUACGCGGCGUCAUCGUAGCCCUGUUCGCCUAUUGGGUGAAUAUCGGAAGCAUCAUUGGCGCCGCCGUUACGAAUGCGACGAAGGCGCGCAUGGAUAAGGCAUCUUACCAGAUUCCGAUAGGUACUCUCUUCAUCGUUCCGCUCAUUCUGAGCGUCGGGCUGCUGUUUGUGCCCGAGAGCCCGAGGUAUCUGCUCGCAAAAGGAAGGGAGGCGCAAGCGAGGAAGUCGCUGGAAACUUUGAGGGGAACGUCUGUUCCGCCUGAAUUCAUUGAACUCGAGUGGACAGAAAUGGUCAAGGGGAUCGAGGAAGAGAAGCGUCUCGCGACGACCGUUGGGGCUCUGGAUAUGUUCAAGGGCACUGAUCUCCGUCGAACGCUCCUCUGCUUUAGCAUCAUCGCCUGCCAAACUGGCUCCGGCAUCUGGUUCAUCAUCAGCUAUGGAACGUACUUCCUCAUCGUGUCCGGGCUCACCGUCGCCGAGGCCUUCAAGUACAGCAUCAUGGCCACCUGCCUUGGCUUCGUCGGCGUCAAUAUGGGCAUGUACCUCAUGAAGCGGCACCUCGGUCGGCGCUCCAUCCUCAUGCUGGGUGGUACUAUCUGUGGGUGCUGCCAGCUCGCUGUAGCUGUCGCUGCGUCAGUGGCCCCUGGCUCCAAAGCCAUGCAGAGCUGCUUGAUUGGGUUUACGGCCCUGUUCAAGUGGGGAUACAAUUUGGGUGUGGGCUCGGCCAGUUACCCGGUGGCGACGGAGCUAGUGAGUACGAGGCUGAGGGCUUGGACUGUGGGUGGUGCGACUAGUUUGGGGUACUUCUUGGCUUGGUUGAAUGCAUUUUGCACGCCGUAUUUCAUCAAUCCGCAGAACCUGGCAUGGGGCGCCAAAUACGGAUACAUCUGGGCUGGGUCGAACUUUCUCUGCGUUAUCUUCUUCUUUUUCUUUAUGCCUGAGAUGAAAGGGAGGACGCUCGAGGAGAUCGACGAGCUCUUCGCGAACAGGGUAUCUGCCUGGAAAUUCAAAUCAUAUGAGACCACUAUUGGAACCGAGGCUGCGCGAGAAGUCGAAGAGAAGGCAUUGGAGCAGAAAGGCGCUACUACUGAAGUGCAUGAAAGAAUUUGAGCCAGGGCGACGCGGUUGGAAGGCAA